AUGGCCGAGCCACUACUGACUGUCUAUGCAGCCCUCGCUCGUGAACCGCGCCCGGCCGAGCCCUCCCCACAAGCCCUACCUCGGCGAACGCGCCAUUCCGCCCUCGACCUUCCAGACGUCGAAGACGGCCCUGCCAUGCCUGCGCCCCGUCUUUCAAUGCCCCUGGAGAACAUGUACGACGACGACGACGAUAGUUUCCACAGUGCCCCACCACGGCAGUCUCUCCUACCAGACCUACCAGACGACGUCGAUGGCGGGACUGUACAAUCACUCGAGUUUGGACGGCGAGCCAUCAGUGAGGAUCCACGCUUCAUGUUCACGGGAAGGCAGAGUGAGCGAUUCGGCGACCUAAGCGAGCUCGGGGCGGUCCAGGAGGAGUACGAGGUCGAUGGCACCUUCAUCAACACGCGCGCAGAUGGCCUCUUUGAUCCUGCAAUCGACGAAGCUCUAGAUGGAGACGAAACCACAGUACAAGCACUGACCGGGCGAAGAGACGCAAGGCCGAGUGAGGAGGAUUUGGGCGUAUUUGGAGAGGCAGAGGACGAUUUAGAAGAGCCUACCUUCCGCUUUAUGAUACCGGAGCGCAUGCGUGUGCCAGCCCAAGAAGACGUACAAGCAUUUCAAGACGAGCGGGAAGAAGACGAACAAGAGCCGGAUGACGAGCUUCUGCACCAGUCCGAUGAUUACGACUCACUCAAUAGCGACGACAAGGACGGAAUAGCUGCUGCUUUCGACGGCAAAGACCAAACAGUAACCGCCGGCAUGUUAGGUUGGGCAUCAGAUCCCCCUGCAGACAACGACGCCGAACUAGUCGCCUAUCGAGAAGAAGAAUCUGCAAUUGAUCGAAGCCUGCAGGCCAAGUCGCCCAAGCAAACACAUGUAGCCCAGAUGAAGAGUGUUCGCAAACCGAAAGAAUACAUGGUAUCCGAACACGGUAUCGGCUUCCCCUCGUUUCCAGCCGCGCCUGUCAAGAAGCUCACUUUGAGCUUCUUGAAGUCGCAGGGAGGCAAGACCCAACUCAAUACAGAAACACUCGACGCACUCGUACGCACGACCAACGACUUCUUCGAGCAGAUUAGCAUAGAUCUCGCAGCAUAUGCACAGCACGGUGGACGAACGACGAUUGAAGAAAGCGAUGUCAUCGCGCUUAUGAAGAGGUAUGCUGCUCUACUCGACUCUGUUUGGCGUACAUGGCGUGCAGACUUAUAG